AUGUACGAUGAGCUUGGCCAGAACUAUUCCCAGCAGUAUUAUACUCCACAGGACCGCCCUUACGUGCCAGUGUUACCAAGCUCAGCUAGCACCUCGCUGACACAGGUUCUAGAGGUCGAUGAAUGGACGCAUUUGGCUUUCGUCAAGCAAGCAGACACCGUGAUGUUCUACCGGAAUGGGCAGCGAUGGGGGUUUUCGACUCUUGCACCCGAUUCUCAAAGCAACGUCUACGGCCAGAUUUACUUGAACUUCCUGCAAGAUCUGCCCUUACACGCCUCCAUCGAUGAUGUGAGGUUCUACGAUGUUGGCCUGGCAGACUUUGCGGUUGAACACCUCUUUGGCAAUGCAGAUGUUGACACGCUCCGUUCAAAGUCUCAACGCUGCUUUGCUGGGGCUCCCUGCGAGCUUGCUGGCUUGGUGGGAGAAGGUCUUUCAGACUUGAACAAAUAUGCCGUUCUGACUCAUUGUGGACGCAGUCCUGCAGUAGGUGGUAUGCCAAAUGAUGGCAUUUCUGAUUUCGGGACUACUCAGAAGGUUUAUUGGGGAUUUGCAACAGACGAGCCGCUGACAGCUGGAGGCGGAUACUACAAGAUUUGCUGGUGUGGAGGCGGCUCAGCCUGCGCGGUGCCAGAAGACUUCAAAGUUCUUGUUGGAACUCUGGUGGUGGUGGGGCCAUAUUUGGGUCAGGAGCGCACUUGCACUCUUGGCCAAGUCGCUGCAUUCGACAUUACCGGUGUGGAACUGGAUGCUGGCGAUCAGCUGCAGGUCCUAGAUACGUGUGGCUUCAAUUUGACGACAACUGGUGUUCCGCAAGGUGCGGUUUCGGAUCUGCAGCCUUCUUCCUGUUAUGGACAUGUGGGUCUUGGGGUUGUUGAUGCCCUGGCCGCCCAUGGAUCUGGCCUGACAGGAAAGACUCAAAGUGAAUGCUGUGCCCUGUGUCAGCGAAGCCUGUACUCCGACUGUGUUAUUUGGGUGUACAGGCCAAGUGACAUGACUUGUUUCUUGUACCGCUCUGUGGCACGGGUUGAGCGUCAAGAAGAUCGUGUCUUGGGUGUUGUGAACGAGUGGGCCACGGUGCCGAACCAACUUCUUAUGGCGACCGUGCUGACUGGCCCGCGCAAUGGCGCUAAUUCUACAGGCCCCUUCCGAUUGUACGUGUGCCGCUCGAGUCAGGAGUGUUUGUUCACCACUGCCUUAGACUUGACGGACCUAGACGUUGGGUAUCAGACCUUCCAAACAGCAGUUCUGUGGCCCACUGGUUGGGACUGGAGUGGUAUCAAAAUCUUCUCGGACACCGAAGAUCGCUGGUUCCUUGAAAGCUUGGUCGUAUCAGCACUGGGCGUUUCCUGGAACUUUACCUACAGCGGAUGGCUCGAGUUGGGUGCAGAAGUCUUCCUCACAAAAGUAGCACCGUCGCAGUACACGUUUGGAGGAUCAUGGGGCGCAGAGACAGUUUCCAUGGUCUCAGGUGGGCGGUAUCGUCUGUGUUGGUGUUCAGGAAGUGGUGUCUGCAGCUCGUUUGCUGCUGAUACCGGUGCCUUGUCGAUCGUUGGACCUGCCCCACUCGAACAGCACCAAACCUGUGUAACAGGACAGCCUUGCAGCAUUGUGGGCCUUACGGGCUUUGCACUGUCAGAGGGUGACAAAGUGAUGGUGCUGGACACAUGCGGACAAUCUGGCCUCAGCUCGUCGGGUAUGAUCUGGGACGGGGCAUCGAUGACUCAUCCCAGCCUGGUGCCACGCUUUAAUUCCGAGUGCAGAAGCCCGAUGAAGUGCCUGAGGGAUGUGCCGUGUGAUAACGACAUGCAUUCUCUGUACGAAAAGACUGCAAUUGGGUGUGGCAUUUCGGAUGAAGCAGUCAAUGCAGGAGCAGAUAUCUCUUGGGGGGGAGGCACAGUGUACCCGACUCCACCGGGUGGGUCGUACAAGGUGUGCUGGUGUGCGCAUGGCCAAACUUGUUCGAUGUUCGAGCACUUCAAAGUUGAACUUGGGGGCCUGACAAUUCUUGGACCCAGCUCAAUGGAGCAGCACCGAACCUGUGUGGCUGGCCAGGCAUGUGUUGUCAGUAACGUCGCAGGUCAUGGCUUGCAGCACGGAGACCGGAUGAUGGUCUUGGAUGAUUGUGGCAAAGCCUCGUACAGACCCAUGUGCCCUUAUCAUCCCCUCGAGGAUGCCGCAGAAUCUGAGCUGCCCGGCUACAACGCCACCUUGGCCUUACAGGGCUGCGGAGUCGUCACAGACCGCUGGCCGGGAUCUUCUUACGGAUCCUCGGGGCUGGCUUUGUCGGAGCCUGCCGUCUCCUCUGCACAUCCUUGUGGCUCCUCGAUGAGGUGGAUACCAUAUCAUCCAGACAGCCGCUGCUACUCUGUGUUCUCCAGCCAGCUCACAUGGGAUGAUGCGGAAGCUGCCUGUGAUGCGAUCUACGGUGGACAUUUGGCCAGCAUUUCUUCACAAAGUGACUUAGACUUUCUGGUGGAGUGGGUUCUGGAGCCGGCUGAGAGCUACUGGAUCGGCUUGAACGACAAGACGAUUGAAGGCAUCUUCGAAUACACCGACGCUAGUGCCUUCUCUUUCUCAAACUGGGGAGUGCAUCAACCAGCCCUCACUCUGUCGAACAAUGAGGAUUGUGUCUACCUGCUGGGAGACGGCACCUUCCACGAUGAUGCCUGCACGGUGGCACGUACUUACAUUUGUGAGCGCGAUGGUGCCUUCAGUGGGGCGGUAAACGGUGACGAGUUCCGUUUCGGAGGUUUCCGGACAGCUCGUGAGAACCUCAUACCACCUUCCAGUGCUGGAGGCCAAUACCGCAUGUGCUGGUGCCCCUACGGGUACCAGUGCAACGACCCGGCCGACUUCCGCAUGGAUUUUGGGGACAUGACCCUUGUGGGGCCAGCGCCGCUGAACCAGCACAAGACCUGUGUCGCAGGGCAGCCUUGCGAGCUAAAGCCUCUCACUGGCAGCUUUUUGCAGAACAACGACCUUGUUCACAUACUCGAGACCUGUGGUUCGUACGUGAAUGUGUCCAAGUUCGACCAUUACAGCAGCUCGGAUUCUGGGCUUCACCUGCCACGAUUCCCAAGCAACAAUGGCGUUCAAUCUCUCUCUGAAGGUGCCACGAAUGCUGGAGAAUCCAUUUCCUGGGGCAGCGUGCCAAUCACUGCCAUGGGAGGCCGCUAUCGCAUGUGCUGGUGUGCUGCGGGGUAUUCCUGCAGCGCGGCACCAGAGUUUCGAGUAGAUUUCGGACGCUUCGACCUUGCCGGUCCUGUACCCUUAGAUCAACGGCGCACCUGCGCGUCUGGGCAGCCCUGCGCUUUCACCAACAUCACGGGGCUUCACCUGCAAGAUGGGGACCGAAUCAUGGUCCUCGACACCUGCGGACGAGUAGGCCUCAAUGUGGACUACGUGCCGCGCUUCGUUGGAGAUGCACCUGGCGUCCCCGGGCAGCCUCGUGGGAUCUCCGAUCCGGCGACGGAAGGCGGAACUGCCUUCACCUGGGGUGGUGAGAAUGCCGUGGCAGUUUCUGCCAAAGGUGGUCUCUACCGCCUUUGCUGGGCAGCAAACGGCUUCUCACAGGAAGUCCCUUCGGAUUUUGCCGUGGACAUUGGUGCCAUACAGAUCUUGGGCCCUGGCAGCUUCCAGAACAACAGGACCUGCAUCAGCGGUCAUGUCUGCGCCUGGAGUGGCUUCAAGGGCUUCGGACUGGAGGAUGCUGACCGCAUCAUGAUCCUCGACGAGUGCAGCACCUUCAAGGGUGCAAACUUGGGUUAUGAUCACCCAGAGAACAUCGUGCCGCGGUUUCCGUGGGAAGGAAGGUCGCUGCCGGCUUUCAAUACCAGCCUGGCAGAUGGUAGCAGCUACUCAUGGGGAGGUGAAGACCUCGGAGCCUACAUCACGGCGCAGGGCGGUGCCUAUCGCAUUUGUUGGGCUUCGCGCGAGUUUGGGGAGCUCGGCACUGGCUACUUUCGAAUCGAUGCGGGAACGUUUUCUCUGGUCGGUCCGGCUCCUCUCGACCAAGAGCGGACAUGUGUGAGCGGGCAGGUUUGCUCCUGGUCGGAUUUCGCAGGGCAUCUGUUGUCGGACGGCGAUGCGAUCAUGGUCCUUGACACGUGUGGCCUAAUGGGUGCCAUGGUACCAAGAUGGAGCAAUCCAGAAGCUCCCAGGUCCCUUGCAAUCUCGCAGCCAGCCACCGGCGGCGGAAGCAACUUCUCGUGGGGCCACAUUGAGGUCUCUGCUCCUGGCGGGCUGUACCGCUUGUGUUGGUGUGCCAAUCCGCAGCCCGACAGUCCAUGCAGCCGACCGUCAGACUUCAAAACAGACGCCGGCACCCUGCAUGUUGUUGGUCCUUGGCCAAGCUUUCAGAGCCGGACCUGCGUGGCUGGGCAGCCAUGUGCCUUCCAAGGCUUUGCUGGGGCCUACCUUCAAGACGGUGACAGGAUCCUGGUCUUGAGCACCUGUGCCAACCACCACUUUACUGCCUUGAACGCAGUGGUACCGCGAUUUGCGGCCGGCGGCCUGUCGAACGCAGCUACUGCUGGUGGCACUUCAUUUGAGAUGCAGACGACAAACGGUCAUGCGAUAUCGUCCGCGGGCGGCAUUUACCGCCUGUGCUGGUGUGCUUCUGGCUUCAACUGCCAACUGUCUCGACAUUUCCAGACGGACGCCGGUGCCAUGACCAUCAUCGGACCGUCGCCGCAAUAUCAAGAUAACACUUGCGUGUCUGGCCAGCCGUGCUUCGCUUACAACAUCACUGGACAAGACCUUGGUAACGGGGAUCGGUUCAUGGUCUUGGAGACCUGUGGCUUGUUCACGGCACCUCGCCGCUUCACAGGAGGCGGGGUCUCAGACCUGAUGUCCGAGAACGGGACUCUAGCGACGUGGGGCCAGGAGCCGACAUGCAUGGAGCCCUACAACUUUGACUGCCGUGGAGUCCGGCCCACCAGUCAGGGUGGAAAUUUCAGGCUCUGUUGGUGCGCGCACAACUACACUUGCUCCUUGGCAAGCGAUUUCCGCGUCGACAUUGGGCACCUGUCCUUCCUGGGUCCAUAUCCUCUCACAUAUUCUCGGACAUGUGUGGCAGGGCAGCCCUGUGCGUUUUUUGGCGUCGAAGGCCAUUACACACAAGAUGGCGACAAACUCAUGGCACUGGAUACCUGCGCACAUCCCGAAACCCUGCAGCUCAUUCAAAGCUCCGACAAGUGGGGUAUAUACAACCAGCACUUGAUUGCUGCUGGCCAGUACGGUUGGUUUGAUGGUCCUUCAAACAAUGCCUCUUCAAACGGAUCCAGCUUCUCGUGGGGAUCUGGCAAUCAGGUGAUAACCAGCCCUGGCGGUUUGUACCGGAUGUGCUGGUGUGCUGCAAACUACCCAUGCCUCGAAGCACGAGACUUUCAGACGGACAUCGGAGAGCUCAACGUCGUUGGACCGUUCCUUGAGCUGCCCGACCCCACGGGUCUCCUCACAGUGGAACAACGCUUGCAGAGAUAUACCUGUACGACCAAUGAAGCUUGCAGCAUUUCUGGGCUUCAAGGUCAAUUCCUAAGUGAUGGUGAUCUACUGAUGGUGAAGCGUGACUGCAGUCCGGCUUGGGAGUUCAACUCCACUGUUCCGUUCUGGCCUUCAAACACUUUUGUUUGGGGAAUUAGCGAUCCUGGAAUAAUUGAGACCACCUUGGAUGACAUCACAUAUCAGACAUACAACUGGGCAGUCAUAGGAACCACGAGUGAGCGUGAAGUUCGGGCUGAGGGUGCUUACUACCGCCUAUGUUGGUGUGCUGCCGGUUACACUUGUGCAGACCUGAUCGACUUUGCCGUUGACGCGGGCACUAUGAAGUUGAUUGGACCGCAUCACAACCAGGCCAAGACGUGCUUCUCUGGUGCUGCAUGCGUGGCCAACCAGGUAAGUGGUGUUGGCUUGAGCAACGGAGACCGGACGAUGGUCUUGCGCUACUGUGACACGGACUUGUACAUUGCACGCUUUCCAAACCAAGGCUAUUCAGAUCCAGCCGUAGACAAUGGCACCACGAUCACGUGGUCUGGUUCCGACGCCGCUCCGGUCACUUCACCAGGUGGAUUCUACAAGCUGUGCUGGUGUGGAGCUUCUCAGACCUGUACAAGAAGCGGUUCCAACUUCCGCGUGGAGUACGGGCUCUUGUAUGUCGUGGGGCCAUCGCCUUUGACUCAGAGCAAGACUUGUCUAAGCGGUGAGCUCUGCGCUGUGGAGGACUUUGCAGGCUACGGGCUGAGCAACGGCGAUCGAAUGAUGAUCUCCACCAAUUGCGGUGACCCCAAUGGAGUAAUUCCCAGGUUUCCAAACAUGGGCAUUUCAGGUGAGUCAAUCGACAACGGAACAACUUUCGUGUGGGACGAUUACGUGACAGCCGGUGGAGGCAUCUAUUGGAUGUGCUGGUGUUCCAAUAUGUAUUCCUGCGACAGAGCGGAUCUGUUCAACGUGGAGGCUGGCUUGCUCACACUUCCAGGACCGUACUUGGGACAGGAGCGUACAUGUAGGAGCGGCACGGAGUGUGGCUUUUCAAACUUGCGUGGUCUGGGGCUCGCAGACGGUGAUCGGAUAAUGGUCAUGAAUCAGUGCGGCACGAAUGAGAUACUACCAGGUUGGCCCGACAACGGCAUAACAGAUCCUGCAAUUUUUCAGGGUACAGAGUAUGCCUGGGGCAUCUCCAGCGGCGGGCUACAUGUUACUGGUGCCGGAGGCGAGUAUUCCAUGUGUUGGUGCUCGGUGUUUGCUCCGAACUGCUCCUCUGGAGAGUACUUCCGUACGGAGGUCGGAAUUAUGAAGAUGCUAGGCCCGGCGAUCGGCCAGAGGAAGUUCUGCACCAGUGGCCAGGUCUGCAGCAUCACGCAGUUUGGUGGCUAUGAGCUCCAGAAUGGGGAUCGCCUUCUAAUCAGUCCCUCGUGCCUGCCCUCAAAUGCCUCCUUCAUUUCCGGCUUUUCAAACAAUGGCAUAUCGGUGGGGACCGCCGGUGGCUCCCGCUUUGACUUUGAAGGACGACUCACUGCCUCUGGAGGUAUCUACGCAAUGUGUUGGUGUCCUGCGGGUUCCCCCUGCCAGUCCCCAGACAACUUCCAGGUCGACACCGGGAAUCUCACAGUCAUCGGCCCUUUCCUGGAUCACACAAAGACCUGCAUCUCCAGUCAGGUGUGCCGCUUCGAUGGAUUCCUCGGCCAGUCUUUGCUGAUCAGCGACCGCAUCACCGUCCUCGCGACCUGCGGAACAAGCUUCGUGCUUCCCAGGAUGCCCAACAGCGCCCUCUCCACAGAGCACUCCAACUUGGGAAACUCGGUUUCUUGGGGCCCGCUGCGAGCUACAGCACCUGGAGGAACAUACCGGCUUUGCUGGUGUGCCGCCACGUCCAAGUGCAGUUCUCCCACAGACUAUGUGGUCGACAGCGGUGAGCUGCACAUGAUUGGCCCCAACCUGUACCAACUGCAGCAAUGCUAUCCAGGUGUGACCUGCAGUUUCGAUAAUUUCCUGGGAUAUGGACUCCAAAGCGGCGAGAAGGUCAUGGUCUUGGAAGUCUGCGGGCUGGGAGCAGGCGUCUCCGGCUUUCCAAACGGCGCAAUCUCAAAUCCAGCCACCCAGGGUGGCAUGCAAUACGGCUGGGGAGACGGUUCAAACAGCACCGACUUCUUUGCUCUGAAUACAUCGACUCCUGGCGGUUUCUAUCGGUUGUGCUGGUGCCCCGCCGCAAGUGGUCUAGAGACGUGUGAUAGCAGCCAGCACUUUAGGGUCGAUGCUGGUGCACUGAUCGUGAAGGGUCCCUUCGCCCGGGUCGACACGUUGUGUGCAGCGGGUCAGACAUGCACCCUGGGCCCCUGGGAUGGAGCAUUGCUGGCUUUGUCCGACCAUGUGCUGAUCAUUCCCGACACCAACACGUGCGGUCAGAGCGCAGCCGACGUCCAGAUAGCUCAAGGGGAGCCUAAAGGAGUCACCUGCAAUCUGGAGCUGACGACCUGCGAAGCCAGUUUGAGUAGCGUCGAGACGCAGCAUGGCGGACUUUUUAAGGUCUGCUAUUGUGUGACCUACUUGGACACCAAUGGUACCGACACGCUGCCCUGCACGGAACCCUCGGAGUUCACAAGCUUCGCCAGCAACCUCCAGGUGCGUGGCCCUCUUGGAGCACAGGCUUACGCUUGCGUUGUCGGCAUCGACUGCGACAUCACCGUCAUUGGGUUCAUGCUCUCAGUUCUCGACCGUGCCAAGCUCGUGAGAGACGGCUUCCCUUGCAAUGGGAAUCCAGUCGCUGGGGUGCCGGCACAGGAGGUCCUCAUCAACAGCGGUCAGUCUCUGCAAACCAACAGCAUUGCGCCUGAGCCCAACCAGAACAGCUCCCAAAACCUGUUCCUUCUUGGCGGUAUCAGGGAAAGUGGUGACUACAAGGUUUGCUACUGCUCCAGCGUCUUGUCCUGUUCGAACCCAUAUGACUAUGGUGGGGUGGCCGGAACUGUGAUGGUCUCUGGAGCUGACUCCACUCAAGUCUACGUGUGCAGACGCGGCUCCGAGUGUCUCAUCGAGCUGAGAGGGUGGCGCUUGGGUCCGAACGAUCGCCUGAAGAUUGUGGCAGAGGGAAGCAACUGCGCGACAGAUUCGCCGACCUUCGGAUUCGGCUCGAAUCCGGCGUGGGUGCAGGGGCAGGUCACCACAUAUGUUGACGAGACGAACACCACCAGCAUCAACGUGUUCAACGUCGGUACUGCUAAGGUCGGAACACAGGAAGAAGGAUGCCUUCCCGACGACGUCAACUGCGGCUACAAGCUGUGCUACUGCCCAGGCAUCGGCAACUGUGCCGACGGCUCUUCCUACACUCAUACCGCAGGAGCCUUACGGGUGACCGAGUCUAUUCGGGCGAUUGAGAUCGAUACCUCUUUCGCAGUGACGUCACACUCACUUGGCCUGCUCGUGGACUCUUCCUACGGAGGUGGCUUGAUACGUUGUGUCGUCAACGACGGGCCUGCAACGGAGUGGGGCCUGUAUCCUGACUCCAGCUUCUUUACCUUCGGACCGGGCACCAGCGACGUUGGCUGGGGAGCAUCACCUGGACAGGCGGGCUCUGGAAAGAAUGCUUUGACCAUACACCUGACCCAGUUUGUGGAGGCCGGUCAGAUCUUGAGGGUGUGGUGCUUCCUUUCCGACUCUCCUGCCUACGUCUUCCCACCGGACCUUGAAGGAGUACAGGUGGCCGUUCCGCUGAGCAUGAAAACCCCCAGAGCGGAUUUCUUGCCCAGCAAGGGCUGGCACUCGAGCCUGCACAGGAUUCAGAUCUUUGAUGUUGCUACGUCGCAGGGCCUGGCAGGCCGAAGAUUGGCAGUUGAGGACAUCAGAGUUGUGACGGCCAUGAGCACGGAGACUUGCAGUUUCAUGGCGUACCAUAUGGAUGACCGCAUGCUGAACAUUCAAGAGUCGAAGGACAACUUUGGCAACCUUAUGUUGGAGACAGCAUCGCUCGCACAGUUGGACACAACAAUGUGCAUGGAUGAUCCAGGUUGCAAGCUCCUGCUUUGCUAUUUCGGCAGUCCCCAGGAAUAUCCAAUCCCGAUGAGGGAAACCCUUGACAUCGGAAUCGUUCCUGUGCUGCAGACAACAACUCUUUAUCGUGGUGCAAGGAACAGGAUUCAGGUGCAAAAGCAGACGUCCACCUCGGGGAACAUGAGCUGGAUUUCCGUCGAAGAGAGCCAAAGCUUAGGUGGAAUUCUGGAUGCAGGGCAGGUGUGUCCGGAGCUGUCAGAUGCGUUGGCAAGAGGAAGGGUUGUGGGCCUGUCUCCGCUGGGCCUUAGCGACUCUUUCCUGCUCGACGAGCCUGCGGGAACGUAUUAUGCCUGCAUUCUCGACGACAUAGCCGACGCAGAACAGCAAGCUCCACUGCAGUCUGUGGGCAGCUUCGUUGUCAGUGAGGUCAUCGAGAGCAUGGAGCAAAGUGCCCUGGCAUCGACGCGGACAACAUUGCGACUGGAUGUGACGGCACGACUUGCCGGCAUUCUUACUUGUGUCGUGAAGGAUCCGCAGGUAACUUCCACGAAGGCGCAAGAGAUCCUGGCAGCAGCCGCAGCCGCAGUGGAGGGCUUCACGGGAGCAGCUGCAGCACAGCUGUAUGCCUUCGCGCAGAGAUCCGCCCUGCUCGACUGGUUGCAGAGCCCGGAAGACACAUUGGCAUUGGCCAUUGUCACGAUUCCUGCUGCCGUGCCACCAAACGUCACAGUCUCGCUUGUGCUGGCAACUUUGUUACAGACCGAUCACGUGCCUGCCUGGUGUUGGCAUUCGGCCACCGAGGAGACGAAGAUGGUGACACCCAGUGAUCCCAACGGCCAGCAGUUCACUCUUCCCGGGCAGGCGCCGUUGGCUCAUACCUUGCCAAGCUUUCUGUGGCCCGGAUCCUCGUUCCUGGUGUUCAUGGAAAACGUCGCCGACAGCUCGCAGUCUCGUAUCAAGAUGGUGAACGACACCGUGGAGUGUGAUGCGUCAGCCUACUCAGAGGCGGUACCCGUUGUGCUGAACAUGUCCGGCAUUGAGCAGCCCAUUCGGGCUUACUUGAGUGCAAACCCGUUCAAGCGGCUGUUCUGCUUCUUCGAGCUUCCGACGUCACUGCCAGUCGCCGUGAACGCUGCGGCAGGAGGAUUCAUGCAGUUCUCACAGGAUGUUCUGCCGAGCCUGGCCUUGAUCGUCGAUGAUGCUUUCAUUGAGCAUAUGAGCCGGGGCCUGGCCUCGAACCUGAUUUUGUACGACGUGGCGGUUGGGGAGCUUGCACAGGCCUUCAUGCUGGAGGAAGCGGUGUACCAGGCCAAUGGCGGCCAUUGCUUGCCCCCUAUCGGCAUCGAAACCAUGGUCGCAGAGACUGCCGCGAACUACAUUCAACGAGCUGCGGCAGUCGCAUUGAAGGCAGUAUCCGUUCUGCCGAGCCCGGUGAACGGCGCCACACACUUUGUGUCGAUCGCGGAGGAUGAGACACAGUCGUUGCGCAUCGGGGCGAAGUAUGUCCUUUGCUAUGUGGGCUCCUCCGCAGACACGACUCGGGUGUUUAACAAAGUCGGUCGCAGCUUGAGCAUCAUGGACAUCAUCUUGUCAUUGGACAAGGAAGAACGACCACUGGGAGACGAAGCUGCCACUUCGAAGGAGAUCAAUGCCAUGGUCCAGGCGUCACUGAUGGGUACAGUCAGCUGCAUUGUUACGACUCGCACCUUCGAUCGCCCCUUGCUUGCCGAAGAACUAGUGGGUGACUAUGCGACCAGCAUGCCGCCGGAUUUCGUGCCCGUGUUCGAGGAAUCCCAGGUUCUCGGCAGAGCUGUGAACGUACCGGUGCUGACAACAGGUGAGAACAUCACGGUCCGAAUUGAGACUAGCCUGCAGAAUGCGGCAAGCAUUCAGCGCAUGCCUUUGGGAGUUGCACCACAGGUCUUCGUCUGGUGCAAGCACUCGAAGUCUCUCGUUGUCUUCCCAGAGGAUGGCAAUGGCAUUGCGAUCAGCCUGGGGGUCCUCGCUGCACCCAACUUUCAGUACGUCACUCUGGGAAGUCCUUUGACACAGGUGGUACUCGCCCGCAAUGUGUCGUUCCCGACACUUGCCGUGCUGUGGUCGGAGUCGGGCUUCCCGGCCUACUACUUCGACGAGGUGACUUUUACCAUCACGCCAACGCUCCCAGAUGGCCUUGACAUCAGCGCGCAGAACGGGGGCAUAAAGUCAGAACCUGUCCCGUUACAACUUCUUCCGGCAGCAGAUUUCGUCAUCAAGGCCCAGAGCAAGUUCGACGUUCUGAAGGCCACGAGCACGACGUUACAGCUGGGUGUAGAGGAGCCAGCUCAGUGCGGCCUCGCCAGCAUCAAGAGUACGGAGGCCAUGGUGAACUGCAUCGUUCAUGACGCCAACAACAUGAAGGUUGAGGCCAUCUACCUCCAAAUUGUCUUGAAGACCGGAGAAGCCUUGGAUCUGUUACCAACAGCGUUCACCUGCAAUGGUGCAGCCACAGAUCCUGGGUCCGGAGGCAUGACCGACUUCGACUGCCGGAAGGUUGGCUCAGACCAGUGCUGCUGCUGGUUGUGGGUCGGCCAGCCCAACAUUCCCACCGUCUUCAACACAAGCAGGCUGAAGACGGGCAAGGUACUCAAUGCAGCCUGCGAUUUGCAGAGCUACCAAAGGUACGAUGUGCUGACCAUGGCAACCGGAGUGAACCUGAUGUCUGCAAACACCUUCACACCUGUGGUGUGGGAGCAGAUUUUCGACUUCACAGUGCCAGAGGGCAAAGUUGCCACACCCCUUGCCUUCGAGAUCAAGGUUGACAUCAACUACCAGGAAAGAUGUGCUGGUGUUGCUGCCGAACUCGCAUGCAAGGAAGAGAUGAAGGCAGAGCUUGCUGCACUUCUCGGUGCGCCAGAAGACAUGAUCGUCAUCACGGCAGUGUAUGAAGAGCAGCUGCCUGUACAAAGGUGA